CACCAACUCCCCUAACGCAACGCCGAGAGUGUGAGGCACAUUAUGUCCAGCGCCAACAUGACCAUUUUUCGCGCCUACGCGCAAAAGUCAAAUCCUGCCAGUUUGCCUCCAUCAGUUCUCUUUUCACAUUCCGAGACGUGUUUGACGGUUUUUGAUGCAUUUCCAAAAUCGAUCUUCCAUUUUCUCGUUAUACCUCGUGUCAGGCCACCCUUCAAUGUGUACCAACUCGCCAAUCUACGUUCAUUGCUCAAAUGCGAGAAAAACUGUGUCAAGGAACUCCUCACAGAUCUAAGCCGAGAAGCGAACAAUGUCAAGAAAAUGAUUGAAAGUGAGAUGUUCAAGAAGUAUGGAUUCAAGUGGGAAAUAUGGAUGGGCUUCCAUGCAAUACCUAGCAUGGAACACCUCCAUCUCCACGUACUUUCUGCUGACCUAUGUUCUCCGAGAAUGAAGUUGAAGAAACACUACAAUUCCUUCCAUCCGAAGCGCGGCUUUUUUAUUCAUCUGAGCGAUGUUCUCUCUUGGUUCGAUGCCGACCCGUCGUAUUAUAAAACAACCUCUCAACUCAAGAAGAGUGAAUAUGAGCCUUUACUGAAGGAAGAUCUCUCUUGCUGGAAAUGCGAUCGCAACCUUUCGAACAUGCCUAAAUUGAAGUCACACUUGCAAGAGGAAUUCGACAAACUGUUCCUUCAAGAGAAGGCAAAGGUAGAAAGAGAGAGGAAACGUUCCGAUGAUCUUGCACAAACAUCUUCAUCCCAAAUAUCACUGAAUGAUGACGAUUCGCCGCAGUAUGAAUUGGUCCGUGGGAGCGAUGAGGAGCGAGGACCCCAUAGUGAAAACUGAACUUCACUUAUGUGCGCCAUCCAGUAAGCCGGUCAUUGACUCGAAAUUUUUCGUACCACAUGUUUUCUGUAACUCUAAUUCUACGAUUUUCCGA